AGCUGGUUAUUUGCCUCAGAAUAUUCCUUUGGAGAUUAUCAGAUACCUUUCAGAGGAGAAGGAUUUUCUGCCAUGGCAUGCUGCCAGCCGAGCUCUUUAUCCUCUAGAUAAAUUGCUGGACCGCACGGAAAACUACAACAUCUUCAAUGAGUAUAUUUUAAGACAAGUCGCAUCAAUGUAUCUCAAGCUUGGAUGGCCAACGAAUAAUUUAAACAAAUCACUUGUUCAAGCAUCCUACCAACAUGAAGAGUUGCGUCGGGAAGUCAUCAUGUUGGCCUGCAGCUUCGGUAACAAACACUGUCACCAGCAGGCUGCAACGUUAAUCUCGGAUUGGAUAUCUAGCAAUAGGAACCGAAUCCCACUCAAUGUGAGAGACAUUGUCUACUGUACAGGAGUUUCACUGAUGGAUGAAGAUGUAUGGGAGUUCAUUUGGAUGAAAUUUCAUUCUACCACAGCAGUGUCUGAGAAGAAAAUAUUAUUAGAAGCCUUAACUUGCAGUGAUGACAGAAACUUGCUCAACAGGCUUUUGAAUUUGUCUCUCAACUCAGAAGUCGUCCUGGAUCAGGAUGCAAUUGAUGUGAUAAUCCACGUAGCUCGAAAUCCACAUGGAAGGGAUCUUGCUUGGAAGUUUUUCAGAGAAAAAUGGAAAAUAUUAAAUGCUAGGUAUGGAGAAGCAUUAUUUAUGAAUUCAAAGCUUAUCAGUGGGGUCACAGAAUUCCUCAAUACCGAAGAAGAACUGAGAGAGCUAAAGAACUUUAUAAAGAGUUAUGAAGAGGGAGCUGCUGCCUCUUUCUCUCGCGCGGUGGAAACAGUGGAAGCCAAUGUGCGGUGGCAAAGACUUUAUAAGGAAGAACUAUUCCAGUGGCUAAGAAAAUCCUUGACACACUAGUCUGUCUUUCCAGCCGACCAUUUAACAUGAGGCUCUGCAAGAGGAAGAGGAGACGUUUUAGGAGUGUUCAACAUGAAAAUCGUGAAGGCAAGAUCAGAUUGCAGGGAGGUUUUCUUUUCCUUUUUUUAAUUGCGGGAUUUUUUUUUUUUUACACUGGGCUCUUGUGAGAUUUUCAAGAAGCUUUUCAGAAGAGAAGAUCAUGAAUGCUUGUGAAAUCCAAUCCUCAGUGUACACAACCAAACAUGAUAUUAAAAGUGGUGCAUGUAAAUGUUGAAGAAAAACAAACAAAAAACACUUCAAAGACUACUUUGUGCAUGCUUGUACCGUCCCUGCCUGUAUUCUAGCAUGCUUACGUAUAACAGCCACAUUUUGUAUGUGAGUUCCAGUUACAUCAAAGAUGGGCAUUAUACAAAGCA